AUGGGGGCCAAUGACAGCAGUGGCUUUGCAGAGGAGGUGAAAUGGCGCCGAAAGCUGACGGCACAGGAAAAUGACAGCAGCUGUUCCUCUACUGUUCCUGAGGCAAUAAGGAACAUUGGCCUGGACUGCCAGAGUGUCACCUCCAGGGGGCACCUGGUCACUUGCCCCUCAGUCCAAGCUCUCUCCUCCUCGCUCCCCCUCGCAGGUUUCACCGUCACUGGCUGCACCUGUGGCUCUGCCUGUGGCUCGUGGGACUUGCGCGCCGAGACCACGUGCCACUGCCAGUGCGCCGGCAUGGAUUGGACCGGAGCUCGCUGCUGUCGCCUGCGGGCCCAAUAG